GGAGGAAUUUUGAUGAGCUUGGGGCUUUUCGCAGCCAGUUAUGCAAGACAUGUUUGGCAAUUGUGUUUAACCCAGGGCUUAAUAUUCGGGCUAGGCGUCUGCCUGACAUGGAUUCCGGCAGCGUCCGCACCGUCGUCGUGGUUUGAAAAGAACAGAGGGCUGGCUACAGGCAUUACACAUAUGGGGUUGGGAAUCGGCGGGCUAGUGUUUUCCCCGUUAACCAGGUUCUUGCUCGAAAAGGCAGGGACUAGUGGGUCGCUGAGAUGGCUGGCAUUAAUUAUUUUAGUGGGUGUGACUGUGACAAGCCUGGGUAUCCAUAGCAAGAGGCAUUCACAAAGAACCAACGAGAUUAUCAUGUCCAGCACUCGGUGGUCUAGGAUAAGCGUGAUGCGCAGCUGGCGUUUUUGGCUAUUAUCUCUGGGUGUGGGAUUUGGUCAGGCCGGUUGGUAUAUCAUGCUCCUCUUCAUGACGUCCAUCAGCGUGUCCGUUGGGCUGGACGUCAGCAACGCGGCAAUGAUCCUGGGAGCAAUAAAUGGAGCCUCCGCCGUUGGGCAAUUUCUUGCCGGGUACGCCGCUGAUCUCAUUGGGCCCAUUAACGCCCUUGUUCUCUUUACUUUUUUAGCCACACUUUCCAACACCAUACUCUUCCUUCCCCAUCUCUCCUUCCAUCUCCUCAUUGUAUACGCAUGCCUCUGUGGCGCAUCCAUUGGU